GCCCCAUAGUAAGCUUUGGUCUCGUUUCUCAAAAUUCUGUCCGAUUCGCUUUUCUUGCGUUCGGUUCAAAUUCAAAUUUCUCUCCUGCAUCCCUCUGCGAUUAUCUCCAAAGGGAUCAACAGGUAGAGAAGAGAAAUGGGACUGACAUUCGCAAAGCUUUUCAGCCGGCUUUUUGCCAAGAAGGAGAUGCGAAUUUUGAUGGUUGGCCUUGAUGCAGCUGGUAAGACUACUAUCUUGUACAAGCUCAAGCUUGGAGAGAUUGUCACCACUAUUCCCACCAUCGGAUUUAAUGUGGAGACUGUGGAAUAUAAGAACAUCAGUUUCACUGUGUGGGAUGUUGGUGGUCAGGACAAGAUUCGUCCUUUGUGGAGGCACUACUUCCAAAAUACACAGGGUCUCAUCUUCGUGGUUGACAGCAACGACAGAGACCGUGUCAUUGAGGCCAGGGAUGAAUUGCAUAGAAUGUUGAAUGAGGAUGAGCUGCGAGAUGCUGUGUUGCUUGUAUUUGCUAACAAGCAGGAUCUUCCAAAUGCAAUGAAUGCUGCUGAAAUAACUGAUAAGCUUGGUCUCCAUUCCCUUCGACAGCGUCACUGGUAUAUCCAGAGUACAUGUGCAACCUCCGGUGAGGGACUUUAUGAUGGUCUAGAUUGGCUUUCCAACAACAUUGCUAACAAAGCCUGAAGCUGUUAAGAAGAUUCUUACAAUAUGAGACCGUC